CGCUUUCCAUUAGAUCAGCUUCACACCUCAUCAUUGUAUCUGGUUCUUUUGAUAAUUACAUAUAAUACCCAACAUCUUCAGUUUUCACCAUGGAUAAAUGCUGGUUCACCCUCAACAACGCACACUUCCCACCGCCUUCCCUCGACAGCAUGCAAGACUUCAAGUGGGACCACUCCCACGAGUACUCGCUCUCGCUAAGAGGCAAAGUCCCCAUCCCCCUCGCCGCGGCUGGUGUCCCCUUUGUGGACCUGGGCGUCGGUUUGGGAGGGGCCUUCAGCAAGAGCGUAGCCAAUUACUGGGAAUUCGACCGGCUGGAGAGGUACAUUAUGCAGCCGACGAGGAGUUAUGUGCAGAAAUGUAUUGAGCGGGAAGAGGUGAAGCGGUGGAUUGCAAAGAACAAGAGCAUGAUGAUGAUGGGCAGGUGGGAGGUGUACAUGAUUACAGGCAUCAUUGUGGCGAGGGGAGGGGGCAGGAAGACGAAGGAGAAGAAGACGGGGAAGGAGUUUUCGGUGGAGGUUACAGUGGAAGUGCCGCUUAUCGUUGAGGCUGGGCCGGGGGUCAAGAGGAACAUGACGAGGCAGACGACGUGGGGAACGAGUCAGACGGAUGACUUUGUUUGGGCAGUGAGGUUGGCUAAAAUCACUAAGAGCGGGUUGCACUCGGACUGGAAGAUGGAGACGGUGUUUGGAAAGACAUCGUUUCGCGGGCAAAAGGCCAUUUUCUGAAGGAAGGGAGAAAGUGCGGUCUCUUGGAUUCGCUGUAUGAAUGAACGUGUAAUUGUACUUACCUCAGGGUAAUACCUCCAGGCAAACAGGAGAUGGAAGUUGAUGGCAAUUAUGGACUGAGGUGUUGGGCCUCAUGAGACUGGGUUUCGGACUAAUUUUGCAGAGCCUGGUUUGCGAGUUGUGAAUUUAGCAAAUGGCAAUGGCAUGGAUGUGACUUGGGUGCUAUCCGAUUUGGGUUCUGGGAGAGGUUCGAGUAGUCUCCA